AUGUCUAAUUCAAUUUCAAUAACCAAAAAAACCAAAAUGUCAGAUUUAAUAAAUUAUCGAAUCAAGAUAUCAACAAUUGAUAAUCGAUCAUAUAUAGGCACAUUAUUAGCAUUUGAUAAACAUCUUAAUUUAGUAUUAUCCGAUACUAUUGAAAGUAGAAUUACCAAAAAAUCAUAUUCAGAGUUAAAAAAAUCAAAUAAUCCAACUGAAAUUAAACCAACGUUGGAUAAACGAAGUCUUGGGUUGAUUAUAUUAAGAGGAGAUCAAAUUGUUAGUCUUGUUAUAGAGAGUGCUCCAUUAACUUCUGUUGGUAGUAGAUUGGGUGUUGUGAAUAAAGGAACGGGGACUAGUCGACCUUUAAAAACUCCCGUGAGUGUUAAAGGAAGACUUAAGAAGAUUGCUUAG